UAAAUAUCUCAUAUUCCCUCAUCUUCUAUAUAUAUAUUCACGAUUUUCUUUCACAAAUUGGAAGGGAAAGACAAAAAAUAAAUCAAAUUUGCAAAGAGGCAAGAACAAAGUAAGAGAGGUUAAUUAAGUACUUGUUCAAUAUGGGUGCUGGUGCUGCUGGAACCAUUGCUAAAAGUUUGAAUGGAUUAAUCGGCCCUGGAGUGAUGCUUCUUUAUCCUCUGUAUUCUUCUAUGAGAGCAAUUGAGAGCCCUUCACCAUUAGAUGAUCAACAAUGGCUGACCUAUUGGGUUCUCUACUCAUUGAUUACUCUAUUUGAGUUAUCAUGCUGGAAAGUCCUCCAAUGGCUUCCAUUCUGGCCAUACAUGAAGCUAGUAUGCUGUAUGUGGUUGGUGCUACCAAUUUUCAAUGGAGCAGCUUAUAUACAUGAGAAUAUUAUAAGGAAACACGUUAAAGUUGGGAGCGCUGUAAGUUCAAAUUAUCCCCAAAAUCAGAGGAAGGCACUCCAAAUGAUGAGCCUUGAUGCAAGGAAAGCUGUUGAAAGCUACAUAGAGAAAUAUGGACCAGAUGCCUUUGAUAAGGUGGUCAGAGCGGCGGAAAGAGAAGCAAAGAAACACUGAGGAAACUGGCUAUUUCUGAAAUUGGGCAAAAUCACAGGAGAAAACUUGUAAUUUGGAAAUGUAUUAAGCAGAAUUGUAUUGUUCCUCUGUAGAUGGAUUAGAAAUUUCUUUUACCUAACCAGCAUAAAUAUUUUUUUUCUUUAUUUGUACUACAGUUACUGCAAGUUUAUUUUUAAAAGUUGGAUGUGCUCUAUAUCAAAUGUGUAUUUUCAAUUUCAUAAUCCUUCUAUAUAAAUUUAAACACCAAUUGUAUGUUUCCAA